CUUUCGUCAGUAGUUUUCAUUUGUUUUGGUUUGUUCAUUCUUUCAUUAAGUUAAUCUCUGAUCAUUGAAUGAUUGAUUUUUGAAAUAAAGUGAUCUUAAUCAGUGUUGGCUGAGAGUUCAUAACUUAAUUCUUACAUCUCUAUAUGAUUUGACGGCAACUAUUCAUUUGCUCUUCAUGGAUCUGUUACCCAUAAAUUAGGCUUAUCUGAUAUUUCGGAAAGAAGUGACCAUGGGAUUACACUAUACAGAAGUCGAUGUUUUCAUAGGUAGCAAUACCAUUAUCGAUGAACACAUUUAUACUUGCUGGUUGGAUGGUUAUACACCUCAAGAGACUGCCAUUCUUGUUAAAGAAAAAGAGUGUAUUGUGUUACGAGGAAUUCAUGAUGACUUGAUAAUAAGUGAUGUUCUUGACCAAUAUAGAUUAUUUGGUCUAAUAGAGAGACUGCUACAAUCACCUUCUAUGAUUGGCCAAGGUUGGAGUCUACAAAUAAACGCCAAAACACGGAGAUUGCUUAUUGAAAAAUACUACGAAUUUGAUGACUGUGUCGUACGAGAAAUUUUAGGCAAAAAACUGUCCAGUCGUAAUCGAACCGAACUCAAGGAUGUCAGCGAGAAAACUUCUGUUGGAUUGAAAAGCUGUCGUCGACAAUUUGACAAUGUUAAACGUGUUUACAAGGCUGUAGAGGAUAUGGGCGGAAAUUUAAUAUUCAACAUUCAAAAUAAUUUUCUUCUCUCGGAAAGAUUGGCCAAACGCUAUGCUACCGUAGUUUACAUUGCCAACAAUCGGUUUGAAACAUCGAAAAGAAAAAUUAAUUAUCUUAAAUUUGCUGACUUUUAUCAUUGUGCUUACCAAAUGAUGACCAAUUGGAGUUGUAAAAAUCCGGAAUGCAAAUACGAAGAGUCGCCGAUGGACAUUGAUAGAGAAUUUUUACAAGACUUGAGAGAAUUAAAAGUGUUAUUAGAACGCGAAUACAUGGAUGAGCAUAAAAUCAAUUUCAUGCGAGAAUUAAAAUCCAAGAGUGUUGAUAGAAUGGACAGAUUGGACAAGCAAAUUAAUGAUUUGGACAGUUUAUUCAAAAACACUUCAAGAAGCAUAAUAAACAUUGCUUUCAGACUAAACCAGGGAAAAGAAGUACGAGAUUUAUUUUUGGACAUUGUUGAUAAAAUUAUUGAACCUUUCAAGGCUUACAAACUUGUAAAAAGUGAUCUUGAAGUUUUUCUGCAGCUUUACAUGGAGUCACCGAAAAAUAUGGAAGUUUUUGUUAGAAAUCCCGAUUUAUGGGUUGUUUGGUUACGUUAUAUGCGGACGCUUAACAGUUGUAUCAUCCAAAUGUAUCAUUAACUAAAUCUUUUCAAAGUUUAUCAAUAAAAAAAAUAGACAGCUGGUAA